AUGGACUCAAUAAUCUUCCACCACACCCCAUAUGUGUUGAUACAUGCACGUAUCUCUCACCCUGCGGUCGACAACCACAAACCCCUCCUGGCCUUCCUCCAUUACUGGGGCGGCUCGUCGUCCACAUGGUACAAACUCACAUCGCCCGACUUCCCUACAUCCCUCAACUCAACAUAUCCAAUCCUCGCAAUCGAUCAUCGAGGAUGGGGAAACUCAGUUGGACCAAAGGAUGAUGUCGCCGCUUACACGAUCUCCUCCAUGGCAAACGACGUUGCGCUGKUCCUGCAACAGCUCGCAGCAGACCAAGAUAGGAAAGCAAUCCUGGCACACGGAUUCGUACUCGUCGGCCACUCCAUGGGAGCCAAGGUCGCGAUGGCAACUCUAGCAACGCUGCCAGGCGACCUGCUUAGCCGCCUCAGAGGCCUAGUCCUGGUCGCUCCGGCACCCCCUACGCCUCUACUCCUGCCGCCAGAAAUGCAAGAACAACAGAAAGCGGCCUACGAAACCGCAGAGUCCGUCCGCUGGACGGUGGACCAUGUCCUCGCGAAUCCGGAGAAUCUCGACGAGAAGGAUAUCGAGAUGGUCAUUCGCGACAGCCUGCAAGGGAAUCAGCUGGCCAAGACGGCGUGGCCGACGUACGGCAUGGCGGAGGAUGCAUCCGACGGGCUGCAGAGGGCUCUGGAAUCGAUGGAGAAGGAGAUGCUACGGGUGAGCAUUUUGGUCGGAGAGUCCGAUGUCGUGGAACCACAGGAUCGGGUUGAUAAGGAGGUUCGUGGGUUUUUUGAGCGCAGUGGGAUCCAGGUAUCGAUGAGGAGUGUUCCCGGUGUGAAGCAUUUGUUGCCGCUUGAGUGUCCGGAGGUGCUUCAGCAGGAGAUUUCGAAGUUCUAG